CAAAAAAAGAAAAGAAAAAAGUGAAGAAUACGCUUGCCAAUGAAGCCGUCUACAAAUUGAAAACAGAGAAGGGAAAAAAAAAAAAAAAAUUUGAGAAAAGCAAAGGCCAUCUCUGAGUCUGACAUGGAAAUUCCGCUACUGCUAUUGGAUACCGUGGAUGGUGCAGUUGACCACAAAGGGCAACCAGUGUUGAGAUCCAAGUCGGGGGGUUGGAGAUCCGCAGGUUUCAUCAUAUGCGUGGAAGUGGCGGAGAGGUUUGCUUACUAUGGGAUCAGCUCUAACCUCAUCACCUAUUUGACCGGCCCACUCGGCCAGUCCACCGCCACCGCCGCCCGGAAUGUCAACACCUGGUCCGGCACGGCGUCUCUGCUUCCUCUGUUUGGCGCAUUCGUCGCCGAUUCUUUUCUGGGUCGUUACCGCACCGUUGUCAUUGCCUCUCUCAUCUACAUCCUGGGACUUGGCUUGUUGACUCUGUUGUCAAUGCUACCGUCUCUCAACUCUUCUAACUGUCAAGGCGCCAGUAAAUUUCUUUCAUGUUCUCCUCCUCAGCCCCAAGUAAUCCUAUUCUUCUGCUCUCUAUAUCUAGUAGCACUUGGGCAAGGUGGACACAAGCCUUGUGUUCAAGCUUUUGGGGCCGAUCAAUUUGAUGGUCAAAAUGCAGAAGAGUGCAAAGCCAAAAGCUCAUUCUUCAAUUGGUGGUAUUUUAGUACAUGUGCAGGUUGCUUAGUAACACUUUGGAUGUUAAACUAUAUUCAAGAAAACCUUAGUUGGGGUCUUGGUUUUGGUUUACCUUGUAUUGCAAUGAUUGUUGCGCUGGUCAUUUUUUUGCUUGGAACUAAGACUUAUCGUUACAGUAUCAAAGAAGAUGAGAAAAGUCCUUUUUUAAGAAUUGGUCGAGUGUUUGUUGCGGUAGUGUGGAAUUGGAGAACUACCCCUUCGGCCAUAGCUAUUGAAGAGGAAGCUCGUGGGACUCUGCCUCACCAAAGUUCGGAAGAAUUCAAGUUCCUCAACAAAGCUUUGCUUGCACCAGAUGGUUCUAAGGAAGAUGGAGUGGUGUGUAGCAUCAGCGAGGUUGAAGAAGCAAAAGCGGUUCUAAGGCUUGUCCCAAUAUGGGUGACAAGCUUGGUGUAUGCUGUUGUCUUUGCACAGUCCUCAACUUUCUUUACCAAGCAAGGGGCUACUAUGGACAGAAAAGUUGUGCCAGGCUUUGACAUAUCAGCUGCUUCUCUUCAAUCCUUUAUCAGCCUUUCCAUUGUUGUCUUCAUUCCCGUAUAUGAUCGUAUUUUUGUGCCUAUAGCAAGAUCUUGUAGCAGGAUACCCUCUGGCAUCACAAUGCUACAGAGAAUUGGAAUCGGGAUGCUUUUAUCUGCUGCUUCCAUGGUAGUUGCAGCUUUAGUUGAGAUUAUUAGACUCAAAACUGCUCAAGAAUAUGGGUUGGUCGAUUUGCCAAAUGUGACAAUCCCAAUGAGCAUAUGGUGGUUGGUUCCUCAAUACGUCUUGUUUGGAAUUGCUGAUGUUUUCACCAUGGUUGGUCUACAAGAGUUUUUCUACGAUCAGGUCCCAAAUGAAUUAAGGAGUGUGGGUCUUGGCCUCUACCUGAGUAUCUUUGGCGUGGGGAGCUUUUUAAGUAGCUUUCUUAUUUCUGCCAUUGAGAAAGCAACCGAUGUGGAUGGUCAAGAUAGUUGGUUUGCCAAUAAUCUUAAUCGGGCACAUCUUGAUUACUUUUAUUGGCUACUUGCUGGACUUAGUAUAAUAAAUUUGGCUGCCUACUUAUAUUUUGCAAAAUCUUACAUUUAUAAUCGGAAAUGCACAAUAUGAUUGUAAUCCUCGUCAACUGCAAAUUGUUGUGACACUAGGACGGGGAGACUUGUUAAUAUAUAUAUAAAGCUAAUUAGCUUUGUGAAUCACUGCAAAAUUCUAACUAGCUAAUUUGCUUCAUGAAUCACUGCAAUUUUUAUGAAGAAAUGAUGUCUCGUGAUGAAGCAUUGCAAAAUUCAUGCCCAUAGUCAAGUGAAGCCUAAUUGAAGGUAUGAUAUCUUCUGUAUAACUUUCUGAAUGUACUUUGCAUUAUCUACACAAGUGUUAGAAUUCUGUCAGAAUGCACUCGCAGACACCUGCUUUCUUA